GCUGGGCAAGGGUCAAGGCUGAACUGCUGAGGCUCCCUGGCUGUUAUCAUCUGGGGUCCUAGCCUCCAUCGGAGAAGCCCCACGGCUCAAAAGUCACCUCCUGGUCCUUUAACGGAAGUAUGCAGUGAUUAUCUGCUCUACCCUUCACUCUCACUCACCCAUUCAAGCCCGCCCAGACCCUGAGGGAGCCCUAAACCCCCAGCUCUGAGAGCUGUUUCCUACAGCUCUAGAGUGGUUCAAAGUGUUACAUCUCUUGGGGCAUUUGUAUUUUAAAAUGGGUCAGGGAGAGGGUGAUGAAUUUCUAUUGGUAAAUGGUUAGGCCUUGUAAAAUGGAUAAGGGAAGAUAAUUGGGAGUAGGGGACUGGUUUCUUUUUAGUAUCCACUAAAUCACACUCAGAGACAAUACUUCCUUAUGAGGCCAGCCUCAGAGGCCUGGGAAAAUACUGAGAGGAGCUCAGAGCAGAUACCAGGCACUGUGCCUACAUUAUCUUAAUCCUCAUUCACAGUAACCCCAUAAAGUAGGUAUUAUUUUUCAUAUUUUACAGACAAGGACACUGAAGCACAAUGGUGGAGUGACUUACCCACAGUCACCCAGCUAGGUAUUUGGUAUUCCAUGUUUCAGUUCUAGUCCUGAUGGAGGAUGCUACUUGGGGAGCAGGGCAGGACUGUUUCUAGACCUCAGGCCUGUCAAGGCAGCCUUCCCAGGUGGGCAGAAGGCUGGGAGGAGCCAGGUCAGGCUGGAGAGGAGGAAAGGGGAAAUGUGGUGCUUUCCCUCAGCUUAUAAACUUGCUGGCAGUGGGGGAUGAUAGGGGAGGAACUCUGUCUCUCACUCUGUUUAUCCUCAGAGGGGCCAUAGGGUCAGUACUUCUGUCUCCUGCCCCCCUUCUCCCUUCAAGGCAACCUUUAACGCUCCACCAACCAUGUGCAAGGCUGCCUGUCCCCAUGCAUUCUCCUCAGAGUUGUCUGAGCCACACAGAGGACAAGGGCUGAUUAUGGAGAGCAGAGGCCCACUGGCCACAUUGCCUCAGUGGCUGCCGCUGCUGCUGCUGCUGCUGCUACCACUGCCUCACAGCCCCCAGGGACUGGCCCUGAUAUUUCUUCCUACCCAGAGGACCCAGGACCCUCCUGCUGUGCACCUCAGCAAUGACCCAGGACAAAAGCCUGUCACCAUCAUGACCUAUAACCUUUCUGAGAUCACAUAAACCUCCUCCUCCUUUGAGUCUCGAACUAGAGAUCCAGAAGGAAUGAUUAUCUAUGGUGAUACCAACCCAAAGGAUGACUGGUUUGGGCUGGGACUUCGGGAUGGCAGGUCUGAGAUCUAAGUGCCCAGUCAGCGAGCCCAGCUUACAGUGGGCGCUGGACCCCGGCAGGACGAUGGGAGGUGGUACCAGGUGGAUGUGAAAAUCCUUGGGGACUCAGUGCUGCUGGGCGUGGGUGGGGAGGAGGUGCUUGCUGGACAGGUCUCUGGGCCUCUGGCCAACAAACCCCAGCCCAUCAUGAGGAUUGCUGGGGGGCUGCUACUCCCUGCCUCCAACCUCCAGUUGCCCGUGGUCCCUGCCUUGGAUGGCUGCCUGUUCUGGGAUAACUGGCUGGACUGAUAGGCCCAGACCUCAGCGUCUGCCCCCACUAGCCUCAGAACCUGUGCUGUAGAGUCCCAUCAGAUAUUCUUCCCUCCAGGGACUUGUGCAGAGUUCAGUUUCCAAGACAUUCCCAAGCCUCAUGCAGAGACUUGGGCCUUCUCUCUGGACCUGGGACUCCAGCUGGCAGCAGGCUCCAGCCACUUCCUUGCCCUUGGGAGUCCAGAAAAUCCUUCUUGGCUCAGCUUUCACCUCCAAGAUCAAAAGGUGGUCCUGUCUUCUAGGUUGGGGCCAGGGCUGGAUCCGCCCCUGGUCUUGGGACUCCCUCUUCAGCUGAAGCUGGCUGUGUCCAGGGUGGUCUUGAACCAGGGGCCGAAGAAGGAGAUCCUUGUUCUGCUCCCCUUGGGCGUUAGCUCCCUACUCAACCUCUGGCUCCAGCUGCAGGGGUGUCUCUUCCUGGGGACUUUUCCAGGAGAGGACUCUUCUGCUUCCUUUUGCUUGGACAGCCUCUGGGCACCAGGCCAGAGGCUGGACAUGGACCGGGCCCUGAGCAGAAGCCAAGACAUCCGACUCAGAGCCUAGGCAAUGGCCCUGACACCACCUAUUAAAUCCCCACCUAAGA